ACAAAAUGGCGGCGGCCACAAGAGAGAGAGAGACUGAGAAGCUAAAGUAGGGAAAACCUGCAAGACUCAUAAGUUGUGAAAGCAUGAGAGAAGCUUUACAUUGAGUCUGAAGAUGGUCAGCAGCCAGCCCAAGUAUGACCUGAUCCGGGAGGUAGGCCGUGGCAGCUACGGGGUGGUAUAUGAAGCACUGGUACGCAGAAGUGGCCAACGGGUAGCUGUUAAGAAGAUCCGCUGCCAAGCACCUGAGAAUGUAGAAUUGGCUUUACGGGAGUUUUGGGCAUUAAGCAGCAUCCAGAGCCAGCACCCUAAUGUAAUUCACUUGGAAGAGUGCGUUUUACAGAAGGAUGGCAUGGUUCAACGCAUGCUGCAUGGUUCCAGCUCUGCUCUCUACUUACCGGUGAGGAACUGGAGUUUAUACAUUUUAAUCAAUAGAAAAGACUGUUGUUGGUUUUUUUUUAAUUUUAUUAAAUAUAAUUUUCAUGCUUUCAGCUCUCCCCCGAUUUGAGGGUAAGGCUCUCCUGUCCACUUGAUAAGCUUUCACAAAGACCCACUACAAAUAGUGGCUAUAAACACUAGAUAGCUGUGAAAUACCCAGGUGCCAGACAGCAGCAAAAAUAAACAGGACAGCUUCUUUCAGUGCUGUAUUGUAAUCAGCACACAAAAGAGUAGUCAAGGUGUAAGUGGGAAGCAAAAUGUGGAGGUUAUUUCUGAUACUUAAAUAGCUUACCAACUGUCAGAGACAAAAACUAUAAAUGCUAAUUUCCACCAC